CUUAAAAUAUUAAUUUCAAAUAAGAAUGAAACCUUAAUCUCGGUCAUGAAAUAAAGUUAGGCAGCCUGCAAGGAUGGGCGUAUUUUUUUUCGAUCUAUGACCCCUUGCUCGAUUAUUUUUAUAAAUGUAUCAUCGCCGGGACGUUUUAAAGACCACAUCAUCCUAAGCAGUUUGCAUUUUUCCACUAUCGUUUUCGAUCGAUUAAAACUCAACAGAAUGAGUCUACAGUGGACCCUAAUAGCAGGUUUUUUGUAUACUGAAAUUGCGGUAGUGCUUCUUUUGGUGCUUCCCGUCGCCAGCCCGAAAAGAUGGAACUCUAUUUUUAAAUCGAGAUUUUUGCAAAGCCUGCAACGCCAAGCGGGCAUAUACUUUCUCAUUCUACUGGCCAUACUAGUAUUGUUCCUGCUAGACGCAAUUAGAGAGAUGAACAAGUACUCCAACACUGAAUCGGAAGAACAUGGUCAUGCACACUUGGACAAGGAAAUGCAGGGUAGCAUGAGGCUGUUCAGGGCUCAGAGAAACUUCUACAUCUCCGGUUUCUCCCUGUUCUUAUCAUUGGUCAUCAGGCGGCUCGUUAUUUUAAUUUCGUCGCAAGCCGCUUUACUGGCACAGUCUGAGGCUUCUAUGAGACAGGCACAGAGUGCUACAACAGCAGCCAAAAGCCUGCUGUUGGCCAAACAGGGUGAAAGUGAGCAGAAUGAUACCAAUGAAGCUCAUGACAAAGAAGUAUCUGAGCUGAAGAAGCAAAUCUCCCAGCUCAAGGAAGAGUUGACGCUAGAGAAGAAGGACAAGCAAGCUGUUAAAACCCAAGCAGAUAAUUUGGCCAAGGAAUAUGAUCGUUUAGCAGAGGAAAACAGCAAAUUACAGAAAAAAGUCACACUCUCAGGUGGUGACAAAAAAGAUGACUAGGGCAAUGGUCAGUAAUUUUUGUUUGUUGGAUAAGUAUUCAAUUUAAAAUUUUGUGGUUAUGGAAAGUGCAGUAAUUAUCAUCCCUCCAUUGCAGUUUUUGUAAUCAUUUAUUUAACCUUUAGUUUAACUGUCAUUUCAUUUAAUAAAGUUUUUUAUUAUU